AUGGCGGAUUAGUUUGUGCAUGGGGUCCGCUACCAGGUAGCUGUCUUCGAUAAAUGUAAGCCUAUUUCUCCCAGCAAAUGAGAUAUUUUUGAACGGGUCAAAAUGUUCCGUCGGUCAAGAUUUAGUAUCCGGCCCAAUGUUGGUGCUACAGGAAAAACAGCAUCAACACCUCAGGAAUCCCCUUCAGCCAAUCAGGAGACCAGUGAGACCCCUAAGGACGUUGGUGAGAGCUCCACUGCUUCUGCUGUUACAGAUAACAAGCCUCCUGUGAACCCAUCAGAAACACCUACAGUCCCAGGGGAUGGUAUUGACCAACAUGUGGAAGGUACCAGCUCCUCAGCAGCCCUCCAGAGAAGGAAGCGGUUUUCCUUCAAGCCUAAAGUGGCCCCAGGCCGCCCCUCCAUUGCUGCUCGGAAAACAAGAACCCCUGUCAAGGCAGCCUCUGAAACCCCUAUUUCAGACCAUUACAAGCCAAAUACGUCCAGCCAAACUGGGACUGCAUCAGCCCCUCAGAGACUGCAGUCCCCAAGGCGACGGAGACCUUCAGAAGAGAGCAAGCAGCAAAUAAUUCAACCCAAACCAACCACCAUCCUUUCAGAGCCUUCAGUUGUACCUACAACUGAGGACUCUACAGAAAAUAAAUCGUUGCUGGCGAACACUGGCAAAGAAUUUGAAAACAUUUCAGCCAGUCAAGGAAAUGAAGCUUCUUUCAGUCUCCCGGAUAAAGUGCCUCUCUCUCUACCAGACAAAGAAGCUAUUGCAAUAUCAGAGAAAGCCAGGACUCUAAUGUCAUCUAAGAGUAGGCUGUCACUGUCAACACCAGCGUUCUCCCUGAGUCGCCUCCUGAAUGACCCUUCAGACUUACAGAGGCUUGCAAAGGCCCAAAAACUCAGAGACCUGCUCAGAGAGGAGAUGCACAAAGAAAAGGUAAACUCAGAUUAUUCAAAAACCAAGAGAUCUAAGAAAAGGGAAAAGGAAUUUGAUUUAGAUCCUGCCAAAAUGACCAUGAGGGACCUCAUCCGUUAUCUACCACAGUCUAACCCCAUGACAUCUAGUUUGGAAGAGUCCGUUGUAGAGAAUGAGACUGUGGUCCCACCUUCUCCAGGAGGACAAAAUGUCCCAGAGAAAGUGCAGGAACCCGAGUUCGUCCCAAAACUGCCAAGCCAGUGUGAGGAGGAAGCAGAGGCAGAGGCAGAAGCAGAGGCAGAGGCAGUGGCGGAUGAGGAGGAGGAAGAGGAGGAGGAGGAGGAGGAUGAUGAUGCUGUGAUGGUUCCUCAGGUCAAAGUUGCAGAGGACGGCACACUGAUCAUUGAUGAAGAGAGCUUGACCGUGGAAGUCCAGCGAGCCAAAGGGCCAAAUCCAGCAAAUGAGCGAGACCCCAUCUUUGAGCGUGGCUCCACUACAACUUACUCAAGCUUCAGGAAAGGGACCUACUGCAAACCCUGGUCCAGCGAAGAGACAGACAUGUUCUUUCUGGCAAUUAGUAUGGUGGGAACAGACUUUUCCAUGAUUUGCCAACUGUUUCCUCUGAGAGCACGAUCAGAGAUAAAGAACAAAUUUAAAAAAGAAGAGCGAGAGAAUUCCUGGAGGAUUGACAAAGCUUUCAGAGAAAGGCGCAAACUGGACAUUGAGUAUUUUUCUAAACUGUUAGAAAAGAUACUGGAAGUUCACAAAAACAGGAAGAAACUGAAGGCAAUGGCUGAGAAGAAACCUCCAAAGGAGAGCAAGAAAAGAGAAAAGGGCCGAAAGAAAGCUGGGAAGAAGCUGAGUGUUGUGGGGGGGGAAAAUGAGGAAGAGCAGAAGGAAAAUCCUGAUUUGGAGAAAGAGGGAGAGAAGGAGAAUGAGGACCUCUGUAAUGAGGCGGGAACCACUGCUGUUGAGUCUAAGAAAAAACGCAAAAUAAAGAAUACCUCAACUGAGGAACCAAAGGACAAGAAAAACAAAACGGAUAAAAAGAGCAAUGAACAAGAUGAGGCCUUUAUACCUGGAGACAAAGAGGCAGCACUUCCUGAGGACUGUCAAAAAUCAGACAUGUCUGAAAAGACUGAGGGAGCCAAGGAUGGCACGAUCAAGCCAGCCAAACUUUCACGAGGUAGAGCACCAAAACCACUGCUGCCGUUGGGCCGAAAGAGGGGUAAAAAGCCCCCACCUCCCUCCACGACCAACGAUGAUGCAUCAGAUAAAGGAGAGGAGAGUCUGAUUGAUGGAGCAUCCACAGAGCAGGUAAAAAAAGAUGCAUCACCUUCAAGGCAAGACCAAAAUAGUAAGUCAGCCAAUAAUGGUCAUUCAUCUGAAGAGGAGGAAGCAACCGUUCAACCUCCAAAACCUACCAGGUAUGGAAGAGUGCCUAAACCCACCAAGCCCUUGAAUUACUCUGCCAAGGAGGCUGCAUCUGAAACCAGUCCUGCCUCGCCAGAUGCGUCCACUGCUUCUGCUGCCAGGCCUAAACCCAAAUCCACAGCCAAGAGGGGAAGAUCAUCAAAGCAGCAAUCAUCCCAAGAGUCCAAAAAGCCUAAAUUAGUCACCCUAAGGGCUUCUCAGUCAGAAUACAGUGAUGAGGAGGAUGAAAAGCAGCGAGAGGAAGAAGAGUUGGAGGAGGAGCAGCACGUUGCAUGCAGUCCAAGUAGGGACAGCUCUGCCCCCGUAUUUGUGCCGGCCAUUCUGCGCUCCCCACAUCCUGUCAUUUCAGAAGUGGAAGAGACAAUGGAGGAACUUGAUAUCUUGGCCACUAUGCCUGAUGUGUUGGGCAUCUCCCAAAAUGCACUCUGCCCUGAUGACUCUUGGGAGUGGGCACAAAAAGAAACAGGCACAGCUGAACCCUGCGAACAUCAGCUGGACCUGCUCGUUGAUGUUAUUGACUUCCUUUCUAUAGACCAUGCAGAAGUAUCUGAGGACGAGAGCUACAAUGAGGCUGCUCAAACCCUGUUGACAAUUGGGAACCUGGCUCACCUCUCACAGUCAGCACAGAAUCAAAUAGCCAUAGAAGAUCAAUUAACAGGGACAACAUCAGACAGUUUGAAUGAAACCAGAGAACAGCUAGAAGAAGAGGUUGCCACAAAGAUUGAUGCAGUAAAGGAAAACCGUGCCACUCCUGUUGUGUCUGCAACUUCUGUUAAUGAAGUCACAGAAACGUCCGAAACUGUUACCACAGUGGAGCUACAAAACAUUAUUGACAAUAAUGACGUCCCCAUUCUUGAAUCCAGUGAUCAGAGGACAGGUUCUGAUAUGGAUCCAAUCUCUCAAUUAACCUCAAAGACAGAUUCUCCACCGACCAGGAGAGCACGAUUAUCCAAGGUGAAACCAAAACCUAACCUAGGCCAAGCUUCAAGGACUGCUCAGUCAAAAUCACAACCGGCAACAUCAACAGUAAGGGCAGCUGAAGAAAGCCCAUCGGAUGCUCCUGACCUUUCUCAAGCCCCUUGUCCUAGUCCUGCUUUGGAUAUGAAACCGUCAGUAGAUUUAGCCUCUACUCCUAUUCUGACAGAAGAACUCUCAGGUGUAUCAGGUGCAAAAACAUCACAGCGACGUGCGUCAGAAAACAAGGACAUCUCUGAAGCCCAGUUUGAAAUCAGAAGGGAACCAGACAGGAGAGACACAAGGCCAACAUAUGGGUCAACAGAUGAAGAUAAGAUGUCUCAUGUUGGGACAUCUGAGAUGAGUUGUAAUAAUCCACUGACAUCUGACACAGUUGUCGCUGAAAUGCAGAUUGGACAAGGAUCAAAAAGCAACUAUCCUGCUUCAUGUGUUAAACCUUUAGAAGAGUUACCUGCCAGAGAGAAAGAAGAGAGUGAAGUCAAAUCUGCAACUCAAACAAGGAAAAGUCGAUUCCAGAAAGUCAAUCCCAACCUAACACAGACAUCAAGGUCCAUACAUUCUAAAGCUCAAACCUCAAAAGACACCAUAGAGAAAGACUCAUACUCAACUCCAGUUACCAAAUUCCAUGAAAAAAUAAUAGCAGAGCCAACUUUCACCACCUCAACUGAAAAACAAAUUCAAAGUGAUGUUCCAGAGUUGACAGAUGAAGUUCUGAUGUCAGAUGUGAAAUCUGAGAGUAGAUGUAAUAAUCCACUGAAAUCUAACGCAGCAGCCACAGACUUGCAGCUUGGACAAGGGUCCAUCAAAGGCUCUGUCCAAGAGAGCAAAGACCAUCCUGCUACAUGUGUGACACCUGUUGAAAAGUUACCUGUCGGUGAGAAAGAAGGGAGUGAAGUCAAAUCUACAAGUCGGGCAAGGAAAAGUCGAUUCCAGAAAAUCAAACCCAAUCUCAACCUAGCACAGACAUCAAGGACUGUACGUUCUAAAGGCCAAACUUCAAAAGACAACAUAGAGAAAGACUCGGACUUGACUCCAACUACCAGAUUCCAUGAAAAAACAAUAGCAGAGGUUGAAGCGGAGCCAACUUGCACCACCUCUCCUUCUGAAAAACCAAGUCACAGUCCUGGCCCUUCUUCAGAUUGUAUACCUUCAUUGGAUUUCGGGAUAACUCUUAAACCUACAGAGGAACUGUUUACAACUGUGGAGAAAGAGACAGACCUUGAAGUUGUAUCAGGCUCAACAACAACACAACAGAGUGCCUCAGAAACCAUGAACCUCUCUGAGGCCCAGUUUGAACCCAGUAGGGGACAGGAAACCAGAGACACAAAGCCUGCAUCUGAGUCAACUGAAGAAUCUGCUUCAUCUGUUACACCAGUAAUAGAGUUACCUGUCAGUCAGAAAGAAGCGAGUGAAGUCAAAUCUUCUUGUAAGACUAUUAGAAUAUGUUUACAUCAAGUCAAACGCAGAUCCAACUUAUCACAGAUGUCGAGAACUGCGCAGUCAAAGCCUCAAGUCACUAAAGACCCAUUCCUACCCAUGCCUCAGGCAGAGACAUGCUCCAGCCCAACUUCAAGACCUAAUUUACCUGACAAGACAACAGCAGAGGUAGAGGCACAGCCAUCUUGCAGUACCAUCCCUUCUGAACAACCUAGCCAUAGCACUGCGUCAGUAUCAGUACAAUCAUUGGAAUUAGACUCCACUCCUAAAACCAUAGAACAAAACAAAAAUGUUGCAUGUGAGCUAGAGUCAAGCUCAGAGGGCUCUGAACAAAGUGUUUCACAAAGAAGGCAACGCUUUCCAAAGGUCAAACCCAAACCCAAUUUGGGAUCAUCUCUUAGAACUACACGCUCAAAACUGCAGUCAAAUGAUAUCUGUAAACCAGCAGAGCAGUGUCAUAUGAAAACCUCUUUAACCACAGAACAACAGCCUUCUGAUAAUGAUGACGCAGGACCUGGUUUGCAAAGUGAGUGCAAACAGGACAUGUUCUUUAAAGCUACAAAGACAAUUACACAACCAACGGAUGGCCCAACAACAGUUUCCGAUGUCCAGUCUUCAGGAGAUGGUUCAACAGAGUCCCAAAUUGUCUCCAUGCAAUCUACUAAUACACACUCCACACCAGAUCCAAAAGAAAGCACUCAGGAGCCACCUACAGAAAAUGACCCCGAGGCACCAAGUCAAGAUGCAGUUCAACAAUCUUCUGAAACCAAUGAAACAAGUGUCAAAAGCCCUGAUGAGAAACAGCCAGAGCCAACAGACUCUCCCUCUGGAAAAGCUCCCCCGACUCGUAGAGGCCGACUUAUUAAACCCAAACCCACCCUGGGACGCAGCAGGCGGCCUCCACAACAUGUCAAGAAUACACAACAAGCAGAAGCAGCAGAUGUUGGUAUUCUCUCAGAAGGUGGGGAUGAUUCAGUUUGCCCCAAACUUGUGGCUGAAGUCGUACCUGACAUCCUGAAACCAGUAGAGGGCGCCAUUGAUCAAAGUAGUAACACAAUUCCCUCUCCAAAAUAUGCUGAUACUUCACUGGGAAGCUCAACAAAAGUAAUUGAACAACUGAGUCAACAUGAACCCCUUGUAGAGGUUUCUGGAUUGUCUACUGGUUGCACGACACAAGUACCUGACUCAGGUACUCAGGAUGCAUCAACAUCAAGUGCAGGUGGGACCCAAGGUCAUCCCAGCUUCACAAUAUUUCCAGACAUGAUGUUGCCUCAGGAUCCUUCUGAUCCAGAUGAACCGUUCUUCAUCCUCUCUCUGACCGAGAUCCCAGUCAGCUCAUCUGGGGAGGGGGUGGACAGUGUGCCUGAGCCCCUCCCUUCUCUUCCUGUAACAGAUGCUCCAAUAGAGCAACAGAGUGUUCCUGGAGAGAGUUUGGCAACAGCAGAAGAGCAGUCUCCACCUAAUGUCACUGUGCCUGUGCCCAUGGAGGACAGUAAUGAGACAGGCGUCAUACAUGUGAAAGACCCAGAUGAUGGUUCAAUUGAGGGGAAUCAAGUGGACCCACAUGAGAGAACUACAGUUCAUCCGUCUACAGUGCAAGAGACUGGACAGAAUAAAGAUGAGACUGAAAUUCCUCCGACAAAGGAAAGACAAACAGGCACUAGAAGAAGAGAAACGGCCAAACCGCAGGUGAAGCCCAAAACGACAAAGAGGAAACAAACCAGCAAGACUGCCGCUGCUAAGAAAGCUGAGUCCCUCCCCAUCCAAACAGACACCACGGAGCAGUUAGAGCUUCCUGGGCCUUCUGUGCAGCCAGAGGCUUCUGACGACACUGAGCCACAGAGAGGAAGGGCUGAUCAUGUAGAAGUGGAAAAGGAGACUCUGACAGAUGUUGUGGACCCUGAGGGCACCGGCUCAGGAGACAAAAACUACACGGACUAGUAGUCGGAAUAGAAAAGCAAAGGAUUCUGACCCUGGCAAAGCAGCUUCUAAGAGCACUAAGGUGAAAACUCCUCUUGCAAAAGGAAAAAAAUGGACCCCGGCAGCUGUAGCCUCAACACCAUGUGAAGUCACCCCAAAACCCGGUCUGAACCCGGGGCAACAUGCUUCAGAGCACAGCCCACCACGCUCAGAGCAAAGGCCUAGCACUUCCCUUUGUCCAGCUGAGGGUUCAAUUUCUCAGCCAAGUGAAUAUAUGGAGAGCAGCUCUCUAGAGGAGGAGCCCACCAGUGUUUCUCAGUACUUCCUAAGUGACAUUUUUACAGAUGCUGAAGAGGGGUGACAGCUGUGAAGAGUCUGGGAAAGAGGAGGAACCCGCGGGUGGUUUGCUCUUUUUACAUUUCUGUUGUGUUAAGUUAUAGAUUAAUUUAUAACUAAGUUGUUUUUGUUGCUUUUGCUGUCAGUUGUAAUUAAAUUAAGAUAUAUUUGCUGUACUUACACAAGCACUUUGAAUAUGUACAGUUGUUCCAAUUGACUGAAAAUUAUUUUGAAAAAGCCAGUAUCAAAUAAUUAAUAUUAAAUUGUACAAAUUAAUAACUCAAAAGCUGGUAAAUCACUUGUUUCAUUUAAUGAGUAUUUUUACAAUAAUCCAUUAUGUUUCACGCCUCAGAUACCUUUUUUUGGUUACCUGGGAAAAUGUAAAUAUUGCACACUGGCUUUUUUGAUUGUUCUUUUUCAUUUCUGUUCCAUGAAAAAACCCGGAUUACUUGACAUCAUGUACUGUUAUACGUUUAAAAAGUAUUACCUUUUUAUAAUGCCUCAUCUGUGUAUUCAGUUUUGUGCAAAUGUUAAUUCAUCUUUUUGUAUUGGACAAAAAACAAUGUCUUAAAAUGUGCUUUUCCAUUUCGAAAACUGAAUUUCCUUUUUAAAUGGCUUCAUUUGAUCCUGCAAACACACCCCAUGUAAGGUUAAGGUAGUCAACUUGUAUUUAAAAUAAGCUCUCAUUGAGACAUUUUGUUGUACUGUACAUAAUGUUGUUCAGUUCAAUGUUAAAGUGGUCCUUGUACAGAUUCAAAGCAUUCUUUUUAUGUUUGAUACUUGAAACAAAGGCACAUCAUGUGUUAUUGUUAUGUUUUAUAAGUUCAUUAAAAUAACACAUGUAAGGUAAGGUCUGAAUAAAAUGUAUUCUUCCAA